CGGAUUUCUUGUUUUCUCUCUCCGCUUUCCAUCCCUCGUCUCGCGUUCGGCAUCUGCAUCUCGCGCCGCUCAUCCGCCAUAUCUCUUGUUUUACACUGGAGCUCCUCAGAUACAUCAGAGGCUCUACGGGCGCGUUCUGGAAAUGGAAUCACCACAGCACCGAUCGCGGCGAAUCGCCCAUCAUGACUGACGCUGAAGACAGACCGGCGAGGCACCACCAGACCCUGCCGCCAGAAAUAUGGAACUCCGUACUGGGUUUUCUUAUCCGGCAGAAUGGGCGCAAGUCCAUCCAUCUGGAAGACCUCUUCGAGCCACCUUACGCGACUGAAUCGCUGGAGGUUGUGGAUCCGGACAUGAGGCAGGAUCGCCGGACAGUCACGCUGGUGUGUCGCCAAUGGAACGCUCUCGCGUCCCAAAUCAUACCCGAAUACCUCAUCAUCCGGUCUAUCCCCCAACUGCGUGCGAUACUCUCUCGACUGGAGGAAACACCGUCGGACGGCUCGCCCCGUGUCGGCAUCUGGGUCCAGCGCGUGGACUUUGAAAUCAAAGAGCCUCUUUCCAGCCCUGCUACGCUCGACCUUAUCCCGCGGCUACUGAGGCGGACUCCCAAUCUGAUGAUAUACGUGAACAAGAAUGGCAGCGACUAUGCCCCAGAAACGCAGACGCCCUCGGCUGUUCUGGAGGCUUUAGCCAAGUACUGCGGCUCGUCCCUGCGGCGCAUAGAGUGGUCGCAUGUCGGAGAAGCGCCCACGUGGUUGGACCUAGCCAACCUUCUCUUGCGCACACCCAACCUGGUCACUCUUCGACUGACCUGGAUCUUCUCCUACGACAAUCCUGGUCAUGUAGACGUCGCGCUCGAACUGCCCAGUCUGCAGACACUCUAUCUCGGGCUCAUACCCGAUCCGUCAGAAGCACUGAUCGCGCUUCCUCUGUCCUGGGAUCCACUGCUCGACUAUUUGGCUGCGAGACCCGGCAUGCUGCCCGCGCUGCAGCGUUUCGAAAUCGAGAUAUUUCCGUCUCGCCAUGGCUUCUUCCGGGUGCACGGACACAAAAUCAAGACUUUCCGCACGACCAACUGGAACUUUCCCCCCACUCUGCCGAUGACGCUGCCGUUGAUGCCCAAUCUAGACAACCUCAUUCUGACCCAGAGCUCAGAAUAUGUCAUGUUGCCGAAAUCGCACCCGUCGCUUCGCCGCAUCUGCAUUUCGCCAUUCGAGGAUAAGCCGAGCGCGGUCCCUCCAAGGAUAUUCCAGCGCGCCGUUCUUCUGCCGCUUGACCAUGUUCUGCUCUCCAUAGAUACCACCAAACUCCCCCGCCUCGAGCAAGUCAGGGUGCGGAAUAUCGGGAUGCUGGCUACUCUGGUCGACGAGCCGGCGUGGCUUCUCAAGUGGGCGCAACGGUGGAAGUUCAGAGGCGUCGCAUUCUGUGAUGUGAACGGACAGCCCUACAGUCUCGUCCGCGAUCCUGACAAUGAUCCGUUGCUGAACGCUGUCCGCGGAUAAUUUCUUGCGAUUGAAUAUUGUUUUUGUGAAUACGGGCCUAUUCAUUCCUGAUCAUAAUACCAUUGGUCUUGAGAG